GUCAGAGAGCAGCAAACUAGCCAAGACUCUUGCCACUAGGCUAAUCAGAAAGUCAAAAGAACACACCUAGAGGGAGAAAGACAUUUCGAAAACACACUUUUCUGUUUCCCAGCGUGGCAAUGGAGGAGACGUACCUUCUCAACUAUCCAGGUGUCAGGAAGAAAAUUCUGGCAGGAGGCAGUGGACCGUUACCUCACUUUCCACCUGGGACAAAGCUGGUUUUCCACUUCCAGACACUGUUGGACAACUUCGAGAGGACAGUCAUUGAUGACAGCCGACUAGCUGGCAGACCGGCAGAAAUCUUUGUCGGAAAGAUGUUCAAGAUGGAAGUCUGGGAGACCCUGUUGACGUCCAUGCGUGUUGGAGAGGUGGCUGAGUUCUGGUGUGAUGCCAUUCACACAGGCUUGUACCCCAUUGUGUCCAAGGGAAUGAGACUGAUCGCUCAAGGGAAAGACCCUCUAGAGGGUCAGAGACACAUGUGCGGUAUGGGAAACCUGUUCCACUAUCACUCCACGGGUUUCCCUGAGCUGGAUGAGCUGAUGCGGACUCCUCAGCCGCUUAUAUUUAUCAUGGAGCUGCUGCAGGUAGGAGACCCUAUGUCCUACCACAGAGAGUCGUGGAUGAUGGAAAAGGAUGAAAAGCUGCAGACAGUGCCAGUUCUCCACAUGCAGGGCAAUGCUCUGGUCAAACAGAAGAAAUACAGAGACGCUGCCAGCAAGUACAAAGAAGCUGUCCUGCUGCUAAAAACUGUCCAGUCUAGGGAGAUGCCGGGUGAUAUAGACUACAUUAACUUGGGUCGAAUGAUUGUCCCCCUGGAGCUGAACUACUGCCAGUGUAUGUUGGAGCUGGAGGAGUACUAUGAAGUCAUAGAGCACAUGGAUGAACUGCUGCAGAAACACAAAGACUGCGUCAAAGGCUACUACAAAAGAGCAAAAGCCCACGCUGCUGUGUGGAAUGAAAAGGAGGCCCGGAGAGACUUCAACAUGGUGGCUCAACUUGACAUCACUUUGGCGUCCCUCAUCCAUCGAGAGCUGAAGGCCCUGUCGGAGCGCAUGAAGGAGAAAUAUUGGGAGGAGAAGGAGCAAUACUGGAACAAACUAGAGAAAAAUGAAAACACAAAUGAAGUGGGGGAGGCAGAUAGAGAUGAUGAUGAGGAGAAGCAGAGAGGAGAGACAGAAGAGGGAAAACAAGAACAUCCUGAAAGUGUGACAACAGCUGCAAAUGAUAAAGUGGGAGAUGAUUCAGAAGAAGCUCCCCCUAAAUAUGCAGAAGUUCAUGAAGAGAACCUCGGGGAGAAUAAGGUUGCACUGACUGAGGGAACAGUUAUCAAAGAAGAAGCAAGCUCUUCUGCAGUGAAUUUAAACACUUGCAAUAAAACAGAAGGCAAGGACUGGCAGCAGAUGUUACGACUGGUCAUGUUGCUGCAGAAUGAAGGAAAUUUCCUCAUUAAAGACAGCCAAUUUCAAGAAGCUUCGGGAAAGUUCAAGGAGGCUAUAGAAUAUGUGGACUGCCUUCAAAAUAAAGUGGAUCACCAGGGUGAGGACUGGGAUUCGCUGGAGAAAGUGCGUCUUCCUUUAACUCUUAAUCUCAGCCAGUGCAUGCUGGAGCUAAAACAAUACCAGCAAGUUGUGGAGCUCAACACCAAGCUGCUGAAGAAACACAAAGGUAAUUUCAAGGCAGUGUACCAGAGGGCUCGGGCUCAUGCUGCUUUGUGCAAUGAGGAUGAAGCUCGAAGAGACUUUGAUACGGUGGAGCAACUGGACCCAAAGUUCAAACCCUUUGUGCGGCAGGAACUGAGGAAGCUGGGCCAGAGAAUGUGUUCCAUGCAUGCCCGUCAGAACAAGACUUACUGGGAUACAACACAGGAGAAGUGGGGGCAUGGUGGGACCAAGGCCAAUAGUGCAGCCAGAAAGAAGAACGUCAAAUUUCCUCCAAAAGCCAAAGAAGGAAAAGCUAAAGCAGAUAUUAAUGCAGAUAAGAAGACUGAAGACACUAAGAGCCAGGAGAUGGAAAGCUCAGAGAAAUGCCCCCCUGUCGAGACAGAGGAGGUGGAUGAUGCAGAAACAGGGAAAAAUCCAGAUGUGAAAGCAGAGCAGGGUAAUAAAGAGCCAGAGCGUGGGAGAGCGAGUGGAGAGGGGUUAGAUAAUGAAAGUAUAGAGAAGGCCGUGGUUCAUGAAGCUGGGCUGGGUGUACCAGAUAAUCAAGCAACAGAUAAAGAUAGAGAUCCUGCACCCGCCAGCUCCGGCAAAGAUAAUGCAGUGAGCAAGAGAUCAGUGCGCGAUAAGGCGAGAAAGAAGGUAAAAUGUCAAUCAAGUGCUGCAACACAGCCAAAGAGAACAAACUCAGGGAACAAAGCCAACAGGGCUAAAACAGAAAAGGGUGGCACUGCAUCAGAAUAGACCAAUGAGCUGUUUUUUCUGCUCUGAAGCAAAGGUUUAAGGUAGAAGUCGAGGGCAGACUGAAUAACAGAGUAAGAAAAAAAAAUUACAAGCACACAAGCCUCACAAUGGGACGUGCUGAUUCUCCCUUACA